AUGGGCGUGCGGGGCUGCCUGCGGGCGGUGAGCAGCUACUCCAGCCCGCAGGUGGUGGUGGUGCGGAACGGGCACCUUGGCACCGCGUACCGGGCGCUGCAGCUCCUGGUCCUGCUCUACUUCACCGGGUAUGUGUUCAUCAUUCAGAAGGGCUACCAGGAGAGGGAAAUGGGCCCAGAGAGCUCCGUCAUCACCAAGGUCAAGGGUGUGACACAGUCACCAAGCAAGGUCUGGGAUGUUGGGGAGUAUGUGGCCCCCCCUGAGGGCGGGAGCACCUUCAGCAUCCUCACGCGGGUGGACGUCAGCCCUGCCCAGGCCAUGGAGACCUGUCCCGAGGAGGAAGCUCCCAACCAACUCCCCGUCCUGCUGCAGGGGCGAGCGGUUGCCAAUGCCAUGUGCAGCUCUGACCAGGACUGCGUCCCCAGGGACACAGACACGUCUGGCCACGGGGAGAGGACGGGGCGCUGCGUGCCCCAGGCUGGUGGCACCGGGAAGAGCUGUGAGGUCCUGGCUUGGUGCCCAGUCGAUGGAGGCAGCAUCAGUGAGUCCCUGGCAGAGAUGGCAUCACAAUUCACCGUCCUCAUCAAGAACAACAUCCACUUCCCCCGCUUUGGCUUCUCCAAGGGCAACAUUCAGGCAUCUGAGAGUGGCUACCUGAAGAGCUGCAUGUUCAACACCACCUCUGCCCUUUACUGCCCCAUCUUCAAGCUGGGCUUCCUUGUGGAGCAGGCGGGCGAGGACUUCGCAGAGCUGGCUGAGAAGGGUGGGGUGAUCGGUGUGAUCAUCAGCUGGAACUGCAACUUGGACCUGCCCGACGCCGAGUGCAACCCCCACUACUCCUUCCGCCGCCUCGACCCCAAAGGGGCUUUGGCUUCCCAAGGCUACAACUACAGGUUUGCCAAGUACUACAACUGGAAUGGGACUUGCUCGCGAGUGUUGAUCAAGGCCUAUGGGAUCCGUGUGGAUGUGAUUGUGCAUGGCCAGGCAGGAAAGUUCAGCCUGAUCCCCACCAUCAUCACCCUAGCCACAGCGCUCACCUCGGUGGGACUGGGCUCCUUUGUCUGUGACUGGAUCCUGCUGUGCUGCAUGGACAAGGAGCAGCGGUACAGCAGCAGGAAAUUUGAGCAGGUCCCACCGCAGGUAGGAUAACUCGUGCUCAGCACAAGACCAUCCAGCCCCCUUCAGCUCUGAGAGACCUGCUUGCCUGUGUGGAGCUGUGCCCAUGGAU